AUGUGCCUUACAGGAUGCCGUAGUAUGGUGUAAAGUAUCGCGAGAUUUGGUGUCGCCGUGUGUGAUUCGGGAUGGCUGACUGAGGGAGUAAUGUCAUUUGGCGUCCGUCGUCAAGGAAAGACAAGGACUUGUCAAGCGUAUCAACAACCAUGGCGAGUGGCGCCCAAGUCUCUAAAGUUUGUUCUUUAUACAAGCGGAUUCUCGUGCUGCAUCGCUUUCUGCCGAUACAUUUAAAAGCCCUCGGCGACAACUACGUGAAAAGCGAGUUCAGAAGACACAAGAACAUAUCGCCCGAAGAAACGAAGAGCUUCAUGAAAGAAUGGGAGAACUACAAGGACACACUGCAGUCGCAGGUUCUGGACUCGGUGAGGGACAAACACGGCUAUCUGAAAUUCGGCAUCGACAUGGCGGAGGAGAAACUGAGCGACUUCCAAGAUGAGCAGAUAGGCCAACUGUACGAGCUUCUGCUUGAAUCCACAAAACCUAAUAGACAGUUUAAUAUCGGGGAGGACAGCAAAUAAGAGGAGGAAACAACUGCUCAUCCCUACUUUUAUGAUGACUGGAUUAUGCACGUGAAGGAAAUAGACAUCUUAUAUUUCAAGGUCAAGGCACAAUAAGAGCAAUUACCUCUUUCUGCCUCAGUGGUGAUGUAAUCAUUUGUUUUUAGUGAAGUUCCUAUCUACGUGGUGGAAGUUGAAAAAGGCAAGUGGAUUGUGCAUCCACUGCAUGAUUAUUAUGAGAAGAAUAGCCACGCACCAAACUAAUUUGGAUUUGUUCUGCAUCUCUGAAAAUGAAUGGUGCAUUGACAAACAACCGGCCUCAAGUCUGACUUGACUCAGCUUUUAUUGUCGUUUGAAUUUCUCUGACGAAUACCCAUUACUCUCGAUAAAGCCUGAAAGCCCAAGGUAUAGGGAUAUUUGGUUCAUAGUCCAUGUUCAUGUAAUAAACUUUAAUAUCCGUC